AUGCUCGAUGACUUUGUGCAGAGCUCGUCGUCGCCAUUGGCGGCUAAUCGACGCAUUCAUUCCGACCGUCAACAGCCAAACGGGUCGCGCUUUGCGUCCGGUCCCUAUGACUCUGUCAACGAUGGCUUCGAGCCUAGCAACGGUCGUGGAUCUGACAAUGAAGAUGGUGCCUACAGUGAAGGUUUUGGUGCAUCAAUGCUCGACCCCAUCUCAGCCCUCGAGACUGGCUUCAUCUCUUCUGAUGCUGGCCCCUCCUCGCAUUCAGACCCCAUCUUUCAGCUUGGCAGGGUCCAGUACGCCUUCUCAGCACCAUUAGCACUUAUGACAGUAUCGUCAAAUAUACUUACCAUGUGUCUCUACUCCUAUCCGAAUCCAUCACAAGCAGCGAAUCCCUUCCCAGCUGCUCCACCAAAGCUUGUUCGUAUCAACCUCGACGACCCAGAGCGAACAGAAGAGGCAGAUGUCCCGAUCCCACCAACACCUCGAUCAGCUCGCAAUGCACCACCACCAGAUCCAAGCACAAUAGGUCCUCACAAGAUGUAUGGCGAUCCAUUCGGCGUUCACCUCCUGCUAGCUAUGCGCAACGGCGACAACUAUUACUGGGCAAGCGGAUGGAAGAAAGCACGAUUGUUGCCAAAACUCAAAGGACACAUCAUCGAAAGUGUCGCAUGGAACAAGGACGCUCAAGGGUCGUCGGCGCCGUCAUCACACAAUCGCACAUCCAACAACCAGCCUGCGCUUUCGACCACACGAGAGAUCCUCAUCGGUACGCGGUCUGGAGACAUCUACGGAGUCGUCAUCACAGCACCAGUCGGUACUGAUCCAGACGAUGGCGACAUCUUUGACAAGAUUGCGCGCAGAACUGCCGGCAAUGGUGCUGAAAGAGGCGAUGUUGAUCGCGUCGUCAGACACAUGACCACCCUGCCCGAACGACAGCCUGUUACUGGCCUCGCAGCAGAGACCUUUCCACGCUCUAGCCAGACAUCUGCUGUCAAUGGUGCAAAUGACUCCAGCAACUCUUCGUCAAGCGAGUUUCGGCAAGCGGUCGUCAUAGCAACAACCAGCACACGUAUCUACGAGUUUGUCGGUGUGCUGUCCAAAGCCCGCAAUGACGAUUCUGACUCACAUUCAAUGUACGGCAAGCUCUUCUUGCCGUACCGAGGAGACGCCUCACCAAAUCUCAAGUCCGAGCUUCCAGGCGAUCUACCGUACUCAGAGCUACAUACAUGGACUCCAUCCUCCGUCAAGCAUGCCUCGGCACUGGCCUGGCUCACUGGUCCAGGCGUGUAUCACGGGCUGCUCUCUUAUCCUUCGAACGCAACAGCCGGCGACAGCGUCAUUGAGUCAGCCAAUUUGCUCCCCUACCCGGCCAUCACCAUCGAAGACGAAGGAAACGCAAACCCUAACAAACGUCGCUGUCGCAUCAGCACAACCUCGAAUGGCGACGACAGCGGCUUUGGCAACGGUGCAGCACCCAUCACCGAGAUCCCUCUCGGCAUUGCACUCACCGAGUUCCAUUUUGUCCUGCUCUAUCAAGACCGCGUGAUGGCCAUCAGCUCGCUUGACGAUCAAGUCAUCUUCGAAGAAGCGCUUCCGCUCAAGUCCAACGAGCGCGUCAUUGGCACAGCUGUCGAUGUCGCAAAGCAGACCUACUGGAUCUACACCGACGCCAGUAUCUUCGAGCUUGUCUUGCAAGAUGAAGACCGACAUGUCUGGCGCGUCUAUCUCGAUCGCGGGUCCUACGAUACAGCGCUCAAGUUUGCCAAACCAGGCAUUCAGCGUGGCACAGUACUUUCGUUCCAAGGUGAUCGCUUCUUUGCAGAGGGCAAGUACAUCCAGGCAGCGCAGUGCUAUGCGCAGACGUUCAUGCGUGCAUUUGAAGAGAUCGUGCUGCGCUUCACCGAUGCAGACCAACGAGACGCACUUCGCUACUACCUAGUGAUGCGCCUCGAACGGCUCGACAAAAACCAGGACAUUGCGCAACGCAUCAUGAUCGCAACAUGGCUCGCCGAGAUCUACCUCAGCAAGAUCAACCAACUCGAAGAUGUUGCUGCUGCCGAAGCUGCCAGCCAAGAUGUCGACAACUACCGCCUCGAGACUACGAUGAUUACCGAAGAGCUCUAUCAGUUCUUGUCGACGUACCGAUCGCUCCUCGAUCCCCGCACUACCUUUGAUCUCACCAAGAAGCACGGUCGAUCCGACGUCUAUCUGCACUUUGCCUCCGUCACUGGCGACCACGAACGCAUUGUACGUCACCACAUCCAAGCGAAGCAGUGGACCAAGGCCAUCGAUGCCAUCAACGAGCAGGAUUCGCUGGAGCUCUACUACAGCUUCGCUUCGGUGCUGAUGCGCCAUGCCCCCGCUCAAACUGUCGAGUGCUGGACAAGGCAACGGAAGCUUGACCCACGCAAGCUGAUACCGGCACUGCUGCAGCACAAGCCUGAGCUCGACCUGGGCGAGACCGAUCAUGCUGUCAAAUACCUCAGCACCAUCGUCGCGGGCAAGAAUGGCAACAAAGACACGGCCAUUCACAACCUGUUGCUGACACUGCUGGCAAGACGUUCAUCACGCUACCCUAAGCGCGAAGACACGAAGCAGAAACUACUGCGCUUCAUCGACGAGGCAAAGCCAAAUCCGCUCACAGGUCAUCCUUACUUUGACCUCGACUACGCGCUCAGAACAUGCCUGUCGCAAGGACAGAUGGAAGCGUGUGUACGCAUCUUUGCUAAGAUGGGCCUGUUCAAGUCGGCCGUCGAGCUUGCCAUUCGUGAAGGUGGGAUCGAGCUAGCAUGCAGCUAUGUGGACAUGGCUGAGACUAUGGAUCAUGAUCUGCGCAAGAAGCUCUGGCUUCGGGUCGCCAAAGAAGUCGUCCGCACUUCAGCCGACAUCAAGGCAGCUAUGGCUUUCUUGCGCCGCACCGAUCUCAUCUCGAUCGAAGAUGUGCUGCCCUUCUUCCCAGACUUUGCUGUUAUCGACGACUGCAAAGAUGACAUCUGUGAGGCGCUGGAAGGCUAUGCCACGCACAUCGAGGAGCUGAAGGAUGAGAUGGACGAAGCCUCUCGCUCAGCAGCUGCCAUUCAACAGGACAUCGCCAAGCUGAGUGAACGAUUCGUCACCAUCGAUCCGGAUCAGAAGUGCCAUCACUGCAUGCAGAUGCUAGUACAGCGACAGUUCUACAUCUUCCCCUGCCGACACGGCUUCCAUGCGGAUUGCCUAAUCGGCGAGGUGACCAAGACCAUGUCGACGCGCAGUCUGAGGAAGCUACUCGAACUGCAGCAGCAGAUCUCGGCGCUCACCAGCGGCCUCGUACCCGCAUUACCAAGCUCGGCAUUGGCGAACAUGGGCUUCCUCAAGGACGGCUCAAAGGCGGUGGCCAACGUCGCACAGGGAGCAAGACAAGCUGGUCUGAGCGGAUUGCAAGCUGGCGCUCGCGGGUUGGGCAAUGUUACAGCAGCUGUGGGACUGGACAAGCUUCGAGAACUGGUGGUUCCGGAUGCCGUGAUCAGCGCUAUCUCGGCAGGUGUCAGUGUCAGUGUCGCUGGCGGUCGAAGAGUGUUAGCUCCGCUGGAUCCGUUCUCGAACCCGGCAACAGACUGGGUGGCAGGCUCGCGUACAGCAGCACAGAGAAGAGCAGCUGCUAUGGUGGCUUCGUCUGACUCGGAUGCAGUUGGUAAUGGCGCAGAUGGAGCUGUUAACAAGAAGGCUUUUGGAUUGGCCAGAAGCAUCGAGGACCAAGAACGCAUUCAGCAGUUGCGUGACCAACUGGAUGCACUCAUCGCUGGCAGUUGCCCUAUGUGCGAUGGCAUAGCGAAUGCCAUCGGUCGUCCCUUCAUCACGGAUAAGGAAGCAGCGGAGGAGUGGGCAUUGUAA